UUUUUUUCCUUCUCAAUGCCUCGGUCAUUACUUCCUCAUUUUUCUCGCGCACUGGUAAUCUGCAUCUCCUCAUCAUCUAUCAUGGUCUCUUCAUUCCUCUUCACAUUUCAUGCACUGGUUCCUUGCAUCUCUCCAUUGGUUUACCCACCCUCCAAUUUUCUUACGACUUUUCCCCACCAUCUGUAGCCGUAUCUCCCAGCAGCCUUACUGCUCGCUGUCAUGACCGCCCUAACGGGGCAACGCAUACCACCUUCUGUCUGCGCACCUGUUGUGCAAUUCCGCGCACCUACUGUGCAACUCUGUGCACCUACCGCGUGCGACAACUACUGUAUAUUUAGCUUAGUACUUGCAGGUGUUCUUCGGGAACCUGCUCUCCAUCACGACCUCUUUACGCCUAGUUGCGACUUUAGCUAAGUUAUGCAAUGCGAUGCAAUGCUUUUC